UUUCAGGCUUAAGAUGCAAAGAACUUCUGGAAGUUUGGAAGUUUUCAUAAUAGUUGUCGAAGAUGAAAUUUGGCUCAACUACCGCGAAGAUGUCUCCCUGAAGAAAUUCACAUACAAAAAUCACCCAAAAGGUUGUUCGAUUGACAAUGGGAUGAAACAAACGUUGGUGGCGAAUAGAGACUUUUUGAUAUUGGCAGCUGGACAUUUGGAAAACUUAUUGCGGAAUUCAAUAAGUUUGAUAUCAAUUGAUCUCCUCGAAGGAGCAGAUUUCUCAGAAAACUCUGAUAGAGAUAAUAAUAAUCGACCGCUGCUUUAUCCUCGGUUUUUCAAUAAGAUUUCAAAACCUCUAAAGCUGUGCAACCCGAAUGUCUGUGAGAUUAAAGUAUAUUUUUCAACCCAUAUUAUUAUGGAACCUAUUCUCUCAUUUAUGACUUGCCUGAACCCAUCACAACUAAAGAAAAUUAUUCUGUUAACGUCAGUUCAAGAAGCAAAGCUUGAUGUGACUGGACUUACAAGCUUAACUCAAUGGCGAAAAGCUCACACAGUGAUCAUGAAUGAUUUCUUUAUAACUGCUGAUAUAUGUGAUUUUGUCAACUUUUCGGAAGCAAGAAUAACGCUGGACAAGAUAUCGCUAGACAAUUUAAAAUUUUUGAAACAACACUUCACCUCCAAUUCAAUAAAUCCAUUCAACAUAGCUAUCAGUUAUCGUCAAAGAUCUAAUGAACAUAUAGAUGAAAUAUUCGGAAAACCAUUGAUCGAUCAAGAUCAGAAUAAUGAAUUAGGAAUUCAACAAUGGACUUUUGAAAUUAAAAGUUCAGAUUACGACCUUUUGAUUGAGCACAUUGAAACUUCUACACUUCCGAUGUUUAUAUUUUCCAGUGUACCAUCAAAAAAGACAUUGAUUCAUUUUCAAUCUCCGUUUGGUUCUCUCAAUUCCGUAUUCUCAAAUCCAAAACUAUUCAAGCUCAUUCUAGAACGCAUACCUUUACCAGCUUUAUUCGUUCUCCGCCAAGUUUCCAAACAGCUGCGACAGUUUGUUGAUUUUUUGAACUUUGAAAUUAAUAUUCAAAAACUUCAUAUCAUAAUUCAACCUGAUCUAUUGAGCUUAAAAGUUUCACAAUUCUCGAGGUGGUACAGCAAGGAAACAGUACUGCACGGGGGUGCUUCUGAUCCAUUAGAGAGAUUUAUCUUGGAUCUUGGAUUGAUAUUGAAGAAUCAAAAACAGUGUAUAGAAGUCUUCACAUGUUUAAUUUCCUAUACAGAAACUGUCUUCGAAGCAUGUGAUCAUGUUGAGAAGCUCACAAGAGCUCUUAUGGCAAGAGGUUGUUGGAUUAAAGUUAAAAGUUUGCAGCUGAAGACCAGAACACAAGCGGAUUUUGUAAGCAUAUUGUCUUGCUUUGAUUCGGAUUAUCUAAAGACGGUGGAGCUGGGAAAUGAUAUUUCCACUGAUAAAGUGCUAAAAACGAAUGAUAUUGUGAAGCUAGAUCAAUGGAAGAAUGCAGAAAAACUAGUAUCUACUUGUCGUGUUAAAAUUGUAAAUUUUAAACAUUUGAGUCACUUUUUAAAUGUUGAAAUUACUGUGGAAUCUGUUGAAUUUGAAGAUUUAGACGUUUUAAAACAGGCCUUCAUCGAAUCGGAAGCCACAAAGAAAUAUCUCAUUAUUUGCGAUAACUUUGAACUUGAGCAGUUGUACGAAAAAUUCGGAAGACCAAUAAUUGAAAUAGUGGAUCAAAUUAAGCAUCGGAAGUGGUUUUUCAAAUCCAAUAACGGAAAUGCUUUAGCUAUUUAUAUUCAUAUUAGAGAGGAUGGGAAAACUUGUAUUCAGAUGCACCAUGAGAAUGCGUCUAUUGUUCCCGUAGAUCUUUUGAUUAAAUAAAGUUUUUAUUGUAACUUAAUAUUA